ACAGUCUUUUGCUUUGUUUUUAACUCUUGUUUUGCUCCUUCGGUUUCUCCGCCUGUUUUCUUUCUUUCAAGAAAGAAAAGAGCCGACCCAAGAAAUAUUUUUUGGGUCCCUGCUAUAAGAUCGGAUCCAGAGAGUCUAGUGACUGUAAGUCUUCAUUUCCGAUAAUAUGGCAACUGCACGGCUCCCGACCAACUCCAUAUUGAGAAGUACUCCACAAAACUUAACUAAAAGUGCAUUUGUUAAGAGCCCCGUCUUGUUGGGAUCUGUGAAGAGCGUUGCUAGAACUUUUGGUUUGAAAACGAAGCCCGAUUUCAGAACAACAAUGGCUGUAUACAAGGUCAAAUUGAUCGGUCCAGAUGGUGAUGAGUGUGAGUUUGACGCACCCGAUGAUGCUUACAUUCUCGACUCUGCUGAGUCCGCAGGAGUGGAACUGCCAUACUCCUGCAGAGCCGGUGCAUGCUCCACCUGUGCAGGGAAAAUGGUGUCGGGUUGUGUUGAUCAAUCGGACGGUUCAUUUCUUGAUGAGAAUCAAAUGGAGCAGGGCUACUUGCUGACCUGCGUUUCCUACCCAACUGCAGAUUGUGUGAUUCACACUCACAAGGAGAGUGAUCUUUACUGAACAUCAUCUUCCCGUUUUCACUCUGGCUUGUUCCAUCCGAAGCAGUGAGUCCUGUUCUGAAAACAGUUGAAAUAACAAUUGUAGUUUACCGUUGAACGGGCAACUUUAGACCGUCUGAAUAUUAGUGUUUAUCGUUCUUGCAACUCAUGAUUUUCUCAGACAACUCUGUUGUAGUGUCUGUUCUUUGCUUUUGGCUGUGUGUGUAAGGAGAGUAUUAAGCUCAGGAUUUGCAGAUUUGGAGAGACGAAUAAAAGGGCUAUGCUCGGGAUGAGCUCAUUAGUAGUUUCAUGUCCAGCGGCUUUAAUUGCUGUUGCAAGAGAGUUGUGGGUUA